UGAUGUCUCACAAAGAAUUCUUUUUGUAAAGCCAGAGGCUGCAGUCAGGGAGGCACGACGCUCUCGUACUUAUUUUGGGAGCCUUUUUGGGGAUAUCAUGACGGUUAGAAGCUCCAGUCUUGAUAUUCCUGCGGUGUUUUCUAUCCUGAGCAUUUUGACACUGGGUUGAAACAUAAAUAACGUUAGCUAAGUGCUGAACGUGGGCUGUAAGUUGUGAUUCUACCUUCUGCGUCAAUAUGCUGCCCAGGCAGCUCCCUCUUUCAGCUCUCACAGCUAAGCAGGUUUUUACGAGGGACGGCCCCGAGGAUUUUUAAAGUUCCGGCGCACAGAGCCAGCGGAAUGAGCAAUUCCAAGAAAAGGAACUGUGUCGAUUCUUUGCUGAACCUUUCCACUGGAGGCAUGGAUGUGGUUCAGGUCCCAAGAGGGAGCUCGGGUGGCAGAGGCCAUCUCCUGCGACACUCCAAAAUGAACAAGGAGCCCAGUGUGGAAGAACAGCAAGAGCUGAGGAGAAAGAUUAACAACCGAGAGCGAAAGAGAAUGCAAGACUUGAAUGUCGCCAUGGAUGCGCUGCGAGAGGUUAUGGUUCCCUAUUCAGCUGUUCACCAGCAUGGCUACCCUGGGAGAAAACUCUCCAAGAUAUCCACCCUUAUUCUGGCCAGGAACUACAUUGUACUGCUGAGCUCCUCUCUGCAGGACAUGCGACGAAUGAUUGGGGAGAUCAAUGGGCCUUGUCCGAGACUGCUUGUAGCAACAGGCUGGCCGUUCUUCACAGCCCCGGGCUCAUUGCUGCUGACCCCUGACACCAUUGUUGCUAGUAAGUGCCCCAUAAUGGCAGCAGAAGAGAGCCAGUACCCUCCGCUGCAGUGGUCAAGUGCCGGACCAAUCUGCUCCUGUGGCAUCUGCAGACUGCCUCGCUUUAUUCAGGCGUCAACCAGCAGCAGGUUUCUUAAAUGAACAUUUCGAGUUGCCUUACUGACUGCUUCUCGUGCGAACAAUGCGAUCAUUUCUGAGCCGCGAAUGUCUUUGUCACGUUUGUUACGCUUCACGUCUGUAAUCGUAAUAGCAGAGUACUGUUAGAGGACUAAGGCUUCUGGACUAUUUCAGUAAAGUAACGUCUUACAUUAUUAGGAGACUACAACUCAAUCGAGGGUCGCGUGAUUAUAACAAGACUUUCGGUAGCCUUAAAGUUUCUAGGAUUAAUACAAUAGGCUUUCAUUUUCCACUUUUAGAAGAGGAGAAUUUGUAACUAAAAGUCAUAGAAUAAAAUAUCUCCUCAUGCAGAAGGGUAUUAAUGUUAUUACUUUUCUUUCCUUUUUUUCAUUUCUUCCAGAGAAUAAGAUGAUUGACUUUAAUUAUAACAUUCUGUGCUAAAUCUUUUGGAUUACAAGGUUGAAUGUGUAAGAGAAGAACUUUAAACAAAGGUAAUAGAAGGUGAUGAUCAGUUAUGUUCUCUCUGUGAAUAAUGACGUAGCUAAUUCAUGUAGUACCUUAACGCAGUAGGGUCUGCAUAGCCUUGAAUUAUUUAUACACAAUGGUAACGGGACCGAGAGACUAAGAGGAGUGCGUCUUUACUUUAUUAAACACGUUGAUGUAGCUGGCCAGCUAAAGGACUCGGCCCUUAUCUGUAUGUUUAUCUGUCACUCUAUAGGUGAUCUGUCAGUUCAUUUGGUUGAGGUUCGUCCUCAUUAAUGAUUAUUUCAAUCCACAAAGGUGUUUUCUAUGCUUGUUACGUUGGACUGAAAACCUUAGCAUUUCAUUUUGUUCAAUGUUGCUGGCAUAUUAUGUGACCCCAUCAAUCUGCAGCCGUAGGCGUCAACUUAAACAAUGUAAUGGCAGCAUUUGUAGAAUACAAGUCAUUAAAUAAAAGGAAUGCUGAUUUUAAUUGUUUGAUUUUUUGGUAAGCUUAAUCCUAUGAACUGGAUUUUCCCAGGCUUCCACUAAAGCGUCAAAGUGAACUUUAUUGUCAUCUCAACCAUAUACAAGUAUACAGACAGACAAAAUUGCGAAGCUCAG